AUGCACCCCGAUAAUAUUUCAAGUAAAUUAUCGACGUUAGUCGAUGUUUGUACGAGUGUCGAUGGGGUAGUCGCAAAUGUGGUAGAUGUCGGAGGUGACUUUGGUAACAAGGAAGACUUUGUUGAUCGUGAAAGCAUGCUAACAUGGAUUCGUAGGACCGCAAUUAGUAUUGGUUUUAGUGUGGUGAUAGGAAGAUCGGAUAAUGGUACGUCAAGAAGAAACGCAUUUGUAACAAUAGUGUGCGAAAGAAGCGGGAAAUACCAUCUUCCUCUAAAGAAGUAUAAAAGAGACGACACAAGUACUAGAAAAUGCGAGUGUACAUUUAGAAUCCGUUGUUACAAGUUGUCUAACUUGAAGUGGAGAUGCUCUGUUAUUUGUGGUUUACAUAACCAUGAUUUGUACGCAAAAUUGCAAGGUCAUCCUAUUGCAUGUCGGUUCGGUCUGGAAGAGAAGACGUCUAUUAAAGACAUGUCCUUGAAUUUUGUCCAACCGAAAAAUAUACUUGCCACAUUGAAAAGGAAGGAACCCGACAACAUUGCAAAUAUAAAGCAAGUGUAUAAUCAACAGUAUCGUAGUAGAAAGGAGAGUAUGGGAGAUAGGAGCGAGAUGCAACAUUUAUUGAAAAUGUUGGAUGAUAACAAAUACGUCGUGCGGUACAGAAGUUGCGAUAAUGAUGUUACGGUCUGA